AUGGGAUAAGAUGGGGACUAUUUUAUGUGUUGUGUGGUGAGAAGAAAUUCGGAGUUGCCAGUCUGAGAGGUGGAGCAAGUCAAGGGCCUCGAGCACUUCCGAAGUGAGUCAUCAGAGCAAAAAGGGUCCCAUCUCUCCGCAAAAGCCCCAUGAGAGCCCCGCUGUGGGGCUGUAGCUCGGCCAGGUGGAGAAGGUGCGGCCCGUGCGGUGGACUUGCACACCGGUUCAGCACCCGGUCUUGGGAAACGUAGUCAGCUCUUCAAGGCGGAGUUUGGCAACUUCUGCUAGGGCAUCCCGGCAGGGAAGGUGCGAGCAUCAGUUCUCACUUUGCCGCUUUCCCCAGCACUCCCUCUCCCUCUCCCUCUCCCCACUCCCCACCUCACAGCCGGCUGGGAAGCCACCCGGAGGGCGCAGCAGUCUCUCGCCCGCUCCGCGGCCGCGGAGAGCUGAGCCGCAGCUCGGCUCCCAGCCCGCGUGGGCGCGGCACUGCGGGGGUUAAGGUGGACGCCCGCCGGCGCCCCCGCCUCAAGCCCGCCUGCGCCUCACGCCCGCCCGCCCGCUCGCUCGCGCUGCGCGGGCCCCGGAGAAAGUGGCGGUCAGUGAGGGAGCUGCUGCCAUGACAACCCCGGCGGUCGCGGCCAGUGCGCGUCCGGGCUGCUCCCGGGAGGAAGGCGGCACCGAGGCUAGGGGCUGCCGCUGAGCGUGGCGUCGCGCGUUCCCGCGCGUUCCCGCGCGUCCCCGCUUCCCGCGCCACGUCCCGGGAGGAGGCGGGGGCGCAGUCCGCCCAGCUCCCCUGCGCCCCGAGUCUGCGCCGGGCGGCGCUGGGCGGACUGGCAGCGCGGGCCCGGUGACUGCCAGUAGCCGCCUGGGCUUCGGGGGCGAACAUCCACGGUGCCGGAAGAUCCUAUCGCCGAGCCGGCCUCCUGCGCCCGCGGUGGAACUUUUUACCGCCUUUUGGUUCCAGAUUCGAGGCUUGGGCCGUUUAUAAAUAUAUCUAUACACAUGUGUGAUCUAAUAAAACGUGUUCUCUUCUCUCUGAGGCAGCAGCAUUUUAUGAAAUCUCUUUUAUGUCAGAGACACUUGCCUGGCUUCUUUGGGUUAUAAACUUUUGGUGUGAGCCCUCUGCAGAACGUGCCCAACUGAAUUCUAAAGUAGCAUCUCGAAGAGAGAGAGAGAAAGAGCAAUCUGUGACCUUCAUCCUGCACCUUCCUUCUCUCUCCCUUCCCGCUGCCUCCCUCCUCCCCAGGGAGCGUCAAGAAAGCUCUUUUUUGGAUGCAGGAGGGGCAUCUGGUUCUGCCAAGCUGGAAAGCUGAGGCAAGAUUUGAGGAAGAAUCAUUAGGCUCCGGAGAGCCUGGACUCGUUUCUGCUUCUGACUUGCUCCAUCCCUUCCUCUCCCCAAACCACUUCCUGAGACCCGCCGGUGUGCGGGGCGGGGACGAGGACCGUGCUGCUGCCGGCGUUCUGAGAAGUUGUGGCUGUCGAGGAUGGGGGUCUGUGGGUACCUGUUCCUGCCUUGGAAGUGCCUCGUGGUCGUGUCUCUCAGGCUGCUGUUCCUUGUACCCACAGGAGUGCCUGUGCGCAGCGGAGAUGCCACCUUCCCCAAAGCUAUGGACAACGUGACGGUCCGGCAGGGGGAGAGCGCCACCCUCAGGUGUACCAUAGAUGACCGGGUCACCCGGGUGGCCUGGCUAAACCGCAGCACCAUCCUCUACGCUGGGAGUGACAAGUGGUCCAUAGACCCUCGUGUGAUCAUCCUGGUCAACACACCGACCCAGUACAGCAUCAUGAUCCAAAACGUGGAUGUGUAUGACGAGGGCCCGUACACCUGCUCUGUGCAGACGGACAACCACCCCAAAACUUCCCGGGUCCACCUCAUCGUGCAAGUUCCUCCACAAAUCAUGAAUAUCUCCUCAGACAUCACCGUGAAUGAGGGGAGCAGCGUGACCCUGCUGUGUCUUGCUAUUGGCAGACCAGAGCCGACUGUGACCUGGAGACACCUGUCUGUCAAGGGCCAGGGCUUUGUGAGUGAGGAUGAAUACCUGGAAAUCUCCAACAUCAAACGUGACCAGUCUGGGGAGUAUGAAUGCAGCGCCUUGAAUGAUGUUGCUGCACCUGAUGUGCGGAAAGUCAAAAUCACUGUAAACUACCCUCCCUAUAUCUCAAAAGCCAAGAACACGGGUGUCUCGGUUGGUCAGAAGGGUAUCUUGAGCUGUGAAGCCUCUGCUGUGCCUACAGCUGAAUUCCAGUGGUUCAAAGAAGAUACCAGGCUAGCGACUGGCCUGGAUGGCGUGAGGAUUGAGAAUAAAGGGCGUAUAUCCACUCUGACUUUCUUCAAUGUUUCAGAAAAGGAUUAUGGGAACUACACUUGUGUGGCCACAAACAAGCUUGGGAACACCAAUGCCAGCAUCACACUGUAUGGGCCUGGAGCAGUCAUUGAUGGUGUAAACUCGGCCUCUAGAGCGCUGGCUUGUCUCUGGCUAUCAGGGACCCUCUUUGCCCACUUCUUCAUCAAGUUUUGAUAAGAAACCAUAGGUUCUCUGAGCAACGUCUGCUUCUCCAUAUCACAGACUUUAAUCUACACUGCGGAGGGCAAACCAGUUUGGGCUUCUUUUUGUUUCUUUGUUUCUGAUAUUCUUCUUGAUUUUUUUUUUACUUUUGGGUUUUGUUUGUUUAUUUGAUUUUUUUAAGUUUAAAUGAGUGGGGUUGGGGGAGGGGUGGGCAGGGUUCUACCAUGUGUAGGAUAAUCAUUCAUUGGUGUGUCCAAAAGUGGAAUAUGUUUCUGCUAGCUUGGCCCUUCCCUCCCUUCUCCUUCUCUCCUCCUCAUCAUUAUCACUGACCUCUCCUCUCCCAUACACCAAAACAUGAGCUCCAUUUGGGCAAAAAAUGUGCCUCAUGAUAAACACCCUGAAGACACAACUUGACUUAUAAUGUAGUGCACAGCAAGAGUUAUAUCCAAGUGUCCUAUUAUCUAUAUCUUUUAAGCUUUGGACCAUUUUCCUGAUUACAAUGUACAUAUAGCCCUCUUUUCAUGUUUAUUACUAUCUAAUUACACUAGGGUUCACAUCCUUUCUUUCUGGGAAGUCAUCACAAUGUGUGCGUAUUUGUCACAAACACACAUGCAUGUAUAUAAUCUUGCCCUAUUUGCAUUUAUCACCAACUACAGGGAUUAUUACAAGUUUGGGGAUAUUUAUUCAACCCAACAUUAAAAACUUAGAAAUCAAAUGGCCAAAAAGGGGGGAGGCAUUUUGAGGAUAGCAUUUCUCUUUUUAAAAAAGGUGUGUAACUUACAAAAAAUGAUUUAUAGAUGGCUGAAUAUUUAGGUUUUAUCAAGCUAUCUAUCAAAGAAAUCAUAUAGUUAUCCAUCUACUCAAUUAUCUGAUUCAUCUCUCCAUUCAAUUACCUACCCACCCAUCUUCCUCUCUAGCAAUCUAUUUACUCUAUUUAUCAGUCUAUCAGUGUAAUUAUCUAACACUUCUUUCUAUUUCUUUCCCCACUACUCACUAUCAAUUCAUCACCAUAUUAAUAUUUAGUCAUAUUGUGUCUAUUCAAUUGUACUCAUUUCUCCUCUACCUUCAACAGACAUUGGCAUCUUCAAAAUUAUCUAUCAACUUCCCAUGUGAAAGCCAAUGAUCUCACAGGCUAACAACAUAGAAAGCAAUAUGUCAUGGACUCCUUGGAAUGUGGUGGCCCAUCCACCCAAAGCAGAUGCUGAUAACAGAUGGACCAAAGUGGGAUUCCAAUGACCACUCACUCACUAUUCCCAGAAGAGACCGUGUUUCCAAAACCAUCUUCUCAGGAAGCAGGUUGACCCUGGAGAAGCCUUGAUAGGUACUGUAUUUUCCUUUUCUCACUCUUGAAGGACUGAGGCUUCUCUCGGCCUUUCAAGAAAGUGUAUGUCAGGAACCUAUGGGAUUACCCACAUGGCUGGCUUUUCUUUAUAGCAAGAACAUAAAGGAAAAAACACAUUUCUGUCUGUGGAGUGCGAAGAGGGCAGUCCACCUGUCUGAGUGCAAUGACUUCAGCUAUUGUCUCCUCUCUGCUCCAGUUUUAGCUUAAUCUGUUUGAAAACUACCCAGUAAAAAAGCUGAUGAAGCCAAUUAUGUGGUGGGUGUGUUGACAACUCUGGUAUUUGUUUCAGGAAGCUCUUCUGAGCUGAGGAGGGCACUUGAGCAACUGACUUAAUUUCCAAGCACUUGAUUAACACAACACUGCAAAGAGAAGGGGAAAAGUGUAAGUGACACACAAUUUCCUCUGAUACAGCAUUUCUCCACUGGCCUGGGGGAAGAAUGUCUUCAUUUCUCUGUAUUUAAAGCAGACCCAGCCUAUGAUGUUUCUGCAUUAUCUCCUGGGGCAACAAGGAUUCAGCCGGCAGGAUACUGGUGAACCAGUGGAAGGUCAUUGAAAAUCACACAAGUCUGUGCUCCUCCUUACCUGUGCUACAGGGACUGACCUACUGAGAGGAAGAGAAAGAAGCAUCAACAAGGACUAUCUCAUAGACCUGCUCUCCCUCAAUGGGAAAACUCUUUCAGGAAAAUAAUACAUAAUAAAUAGGUGUGUGGAGACUAUAUAUAUAUAGUCUAUAUAUACACACGUACACACACAUAUACACGUGUGUGUGUGUGUGUGUGUAUGUUGUCUUGGCAUACAAAAAGCUGUACUUUCAUAGGAGUUAGAGCUGGUGCAAGUGAAAUUAAUAUUACAUUUACCAGCUGUAAACAGACAUCUGUAUUUCCUAGUGAGCCGCCAGGAGCCAGAAUCUGGAAACAUAAAUGAUGUGCCAAAAGCACUGUAUCGAUUCCAAGUUCCAGGGCCAAUUAUGAGCAGGCAUCAAGUCAUAAUUAAAAGUCGGACAUCAGUGUUUCAUAUCUGUCACCACAUACAGCACCUGGAAUCGGGUUGGUGUUAGACAUUGUAUGAGAAUUAAAUGUGUCAUUGGAGUGUUCUAUUGAUAGCAAAUGUGCCACUUUGGAGUAAAAGAAAUAUGGAGGCACUGGGCAGUGUUGGUGAUUCUGGAGAAUACGGAUCUUGAAAUGGAUAAACUGUAAAUGUCCUUCAUUGUAAGAGUCCUUCUAGAGGAAGGGGACCAUCCCCCUAUGCAGGAAGAUCACCAGCACCUUUGGAACAGAGCAAGGCUGGUCUCAGAGCCACUAUGAAACUCUGCAUGUCCUCUUUUACUGGAUAACAAAGCACCUCUGGGAGUUGCCUCUUCCAGCCACAUUCUGCAGGUAGAAACCUACAACUAAUCCUCAUCUGUCUGUGAUAAAGAAAACCAAAUAAAUAAGAGCCAAGGAAACUGGGCACUGGGAAAGAAAAUUGCUCUUCCUCGCAGCAGAUGUACCGCAGCCUCUGUGUUGUUCGGGUUACUUUGGUGGGGAUGGCUCUACAUGACAGUAGUUCUUCCCCAGCAUUUUGAAGCAUCCAGAACAAUAAAUGCUCACUAAAGACAAUAUCCAUACUUCCACCUGCUCUUUCAACUUUACAUAUGGAGGGUAUAUGGAUAAGGCCUAUUGGAUAGAAUUUUUUUGAGGUAUUAUGUGGGGGUGGAGCUAAGGGUAUAGGAGGGAAAAAUAAACAAGUCCCUCAGCAACCGAAAGCUCUUUAUGGGUUUCCUGUGGGAAGAAAAUCAAUAGUGCUUAUCAGGAGAGAGGAAUUCAGCAAUGCAGCUACUCUGAAACCUUCCCCUUCCCAAAGCAAAGUUAAUAUGGACUUCCACCAAAGUAAUGCCAAUGAAAGUGCUAGUGCUCAGAUGGUGGCCAAGCUCGCUUUUUCAGAAGUUUAAUGUCAAGUGCCUGAUAUAGUCAUCUGCAAGUCUAAGCAAGUGUGUGUAGUUUUUCUCAUUCUUGUUUUAACUGGGGGAGAGGAGACAUACAUGAGAAUGGGGUGCAAACAUGCACGUAUUUUAUGCAGAGAACACCAAGAAAGGUUGUUCUGCUGCAAUUGUGUAUAAAUGAAUAGAAGGAAAGCUAAGGCUUUGUAUCAAUAAGAGGCCUGAGCCUCUUGCCUCUGAAACCAGUGCCUCAUACUAGAUGACAUGUGGGUAGAAAGUGUGCUCUGGACUCCAGAAACUCCACAACCAAGGAUGAGUUUAAGGAUCUGUUGCUGCAUCGAUCCAGUUACCUUAUGCUCCACAUGGAGGAAUUAACAAGUUCCACCUAUGUCAAAAGAACUCUUAUGUGGAAAGUGGAGAGAACCUCAAGGUGGGCAGUGGAUCCCAAAGAGAGUUUAUCACUGUCACUGCAUCAGGAGUGGCUGUACAUUGAAUAACCUGGUUUUUGCCAGGGCUUCCAGAACCCCCAAGAUCAUCUUCUCCUCUGUAGUUGUGUAUGAAUGUUGUCAGCCCUAUCAGUAGAAGGAUGGGAGAAAUGGCUCAAGGUGCAGAGAGAUAGGGGGUGAAGGUAUCUCUCCCAAUUUCAAUCUGUGUCUUCAGCAGAGAAAAACUGGCUUUGCAAUACCUACACACAGCCCUCCAUACCUCCCCACCACCACCCCCUCUUUAAAAAAUCCACAUUUUUAUUUUUAUUUUUUAAAAGCAAAGUUUAAUCGUUUUGGAAUUAGGGGAAGCAGCACAAAAUUGUUCUUCUCAGAUACAUGCAUUUUUACUUUUUUGGUCCAAUAAGGAGAAUCUUUUCUGUCACUUUGCACAAGAUCUAUGUUUAGAAAUGCUUAUACUUAAUUGCCUCCUCUCCUACUAUCCAAAGUUUCUCUGUCUUUUUCUUUUAAGACAAAUGAGUUUGAGCAGUUGCAGUAACACUUCACAGGUGUGUAAGUAGGAAGACAUCAUUUUCAAAAAGAUACCAUAUGAUGAGAACUCCUAGUGAUCACUGAAAGUAAACAAAUAAAAAUGCCAGUCUCAUUUCCCUCAUUUCUUAUUUAAUAGAAGAGAAGUAAAUGAAAGGAAGAAGAAAUAGAUUUGCAAUUAAAAGAUGUGGCAAAAAGAGCUGAACGAGUGCAAUUUAGCCUUCAGGUGCAGAAUAAUGGGAGUCCAAAGGAAUGUGGAGUGGACUUAAUUAGACGCAAUUGUCUUCAUCCUGAAAGUAGCCAGCUAAACCUAAUUUCCAGUCUUUUGAGAGAUUCCUUUUUGUUUCUUUCAAGGGUGCCCCUUUAAAGGCACAUGGUUAUUCCAGUUGUUCCACACCACUGGGUGCAGAAAGAAAGAUUGUGAACCUUCUACUAUUCUGUCUCAACCACAUUCUCUGCUAUCGGCAGAUUUAUAAGGAUAUCAAUAAUAGCAAUGAUAAGUAAUAAUAGCUGCCUUGCAUUAGUUAGAGGGAGCAUUUUUAAUUCUACAAAAAUUUUUGUGACAUGUAAAGUGCAGUUGUGAGGAAUGUGUGCGUGUACGAAAAUGUAUCUGUCAAGUUCAGAGUCCUCUGGAUUAAAAACAAUUAUGACUUAUCAAUGGUGCCGUCAUAGCUGUGUCAGACAAUGGGUGGACCCAUUCUCACAAUUACCCUUCAAACAAAUCUAUGUUCAAAUGCUUUAAAAAUUUACCACAUGAUACAACAGUAUAACUUUGUCAGCCUCCUAGAGUUCUUUGAUUCUUUAUUUUUUCCAAUAUUUUUUUCCUUAAAAAUCAAUGAAGACUUGAUUUCUGUCAAUAAUUGUAUUAAGGGUGAAUAUACUACCUGAAUUCUGUGCAUGUUACAUUGUAGUUGUAACCUUUUCUAAUUCAGGAUGAAUACGAGAUGGUCGUGAUUGUGCAGUGUAUCAAUAAAGUUCAAAGAAAUUUGUACUUUCGGGGGGGGCUUUUUAUUAGAAUAUAUCACUGAGUAUUCAGGAAUGGAGAAAAGUGACGCAGACUAUGCUUCUCCCAUAUGUGUGUUUUAGGCUUUGGGGAGUAGAUGCAAUCAGAUAUGCUAGUGUCUCUCUGUCUCUCCCUGUCUCUGUCUCUGUCUCUCUCUCUGUCUCUGUCUCUCUCUCUCUCUCUCUCUCUCUCGGCAUAGAAGGCAGUCUAAGCACUUUCUAUAUUACACAUGUUAUCAAAUGUCUAUGCCAUCUACAAGUAAUAUAAAAUGUACCUGCAGCCUCAAAGUGUAAAAAAUGUAUUGUUUGACCUAGGUUCAAUGGAAUCAGAAGAGCAGUUUCAGAAAAAUAAUGACAGAUACUCCUUAGUUUGAAACUCUAUUCUUUAAUAAUUUCUACAGUUUGAUUCCACUGAAUUAAGCACAACUGUGACAAGAGUAAGUAUGAAAAGAUAUGGUGGCUAUGAUGUACAUUUAUUCACAGAAGUAUAUGCCAUGUUUUAAUUGUCCUCCAUCUUAGGUUUUACAGUAGUGUACUUAUGGGUAUUAUCAUGAAAAAGAGACCUGGAGAAGAAGCUGCAUUUCUAUGAUUACCUUUUCUAAAACACCUUUCUCUUUCACCAAAACUCCAGUGCCCUUACCCUCAUCACAUAUGCAUUUGCUUUUCUGAAGGAAUGGAUAUUAACCUCUUUUGUGCACUCAGCUUCUCAUCACCCAUUUGUAUAUCAAAUAGCCCUUCUGCAAUUAACUAAAUAUGAGAUCUUGGACUGGACAUUGGAUCUUAGUGUUCAUUUCCUCCUCUGUACCAUUUUUUAAUUUGCACUUCUCAGCGUGUUUUAGUUCUCAAUUAUCUAGGCAGUUUUUGUUUCUCUUUCAACCACCGGAUUUCUCAAGACUUCCCUUAAAUAAAGCUUAAAAUCAAUGACUGGUUAUGGUUUGGGAAUUCAGCAAGAAGGGGGUUAAGAUUCUUCAACUGAUAUUACAGUAUGGCUAGCACCUCUGGCCUAGACCCCGAGUUCGAGUUAUGAGGGUGGUUUCUUCUUGACUUUUUUAGGCAGACAAGGCCAAUCCUGACCUUUCAAGACUCUGUCUCCUUCUCAGUGGGCGGGACACAGAUUUGUAACUUGAUAAACUAGAAAAUGUUCUUUGAAAAGUAAAAUACUAAGGUAAUGGUAGACACCAAUGAUUGAGUUUUCAGUUGUCUCAGGCUCAUUAUAAAAUUAUGACUUGUCAAGGAAACAGACUUCUGGGACUUUUAACCAUCUUAAUACCUGUAGUGCUCCUUCUCCCUUCCCCUUGUUAUUAAUCCUUUUAACCAUCCUUUUCCCACCCAGACCUGACCCUCUCCCGCUCUUGCUCAUACAUGCUGAAACCCUUACCUGUCCCUCUGUUCUCCAGCUGGCACAGACAUAUACUGGUCUUUCACUCCAUCUGACCACUCAGCUCCAUCAAUCAUCAGUGGACCAAUCUAUUUCUCCAUCAGCUAACCACUCACCUACUCAUUCACAUAUUAUGUUCCCCAUUUAUCUAACCCUUAUUCCAUCUAUACACUCAUGCACCUCCCUAAUGUGACUGUUCCCAUCUACUUAUUGAAACCAUCUAGCCAUUCCUCACCUGUCAAUCCAGCUACCAAUCAUCCUCCAGCUAGCCUUUGGCAGGCAUGCCUACUUACCAAGACACUUCAAGGUAAUGAAAAUCUUUGCUGUUAUCUUUAAAUUCUGCAAGGGAGGCUUUAUCUAGCUAUGCUUAAGCAUGGCAGCCAAACAGUUGGAUUCAUUUCUUUUUGUUAUUUUUUACCCAAAUACACCAUAUUAAAAACAUAUACAUAAUGGAGUUCUUUAGGGGAUGUAUUCAAGGCAUUCUUGUUGCUAUCAACAUGUAUUACAGUUGCAAAAGGAUGUAGGAAGAUGGAGAAUUGGAAGUGGAAUGGAAACCCCCAGAUGAGUACAUGUUGAUGUUCAACUUUCUAACACUAGGAAUGCAAUGAACAUAACUGACUGAAGAGACAGACAGGAGAGACCUCGCUGGCAACUACCUCUUUUUUCCAGUUAAAUUUUUGUUAAAUAAGUUAUUUACUUUUAUGAAAAUUGGGGAGUAUUAAUAAUUAGCACUGAACCCUAUGUGCACUAUUAGAAACUAAAACCCCAGUGCUAUAAAUAAUAGUGUCAUCCUUUACCAUGGCCAUCUAUCUGGUCAUCAAGAAUUGUUUUCUCACAUUUUUUCCCAUUUGUUCAUUUAUUCAUGCAUCACCUUUAGUAAGGGACACCCCUUAAGGAGCUCACAUCUAAGAUGUGACAACAGCUCUGUAAAAAGAAACAUUGCAGUAUCAUAUUGAAGUAUGCAGAUAAGGUGAAGAGAACAUAACUACAGGGUGGGGGACAGCUAAUAUAGAGAAUGGAUAUGGUGAACAGAUACAUUACUACAAAAACCAAUGUGGUACCAGGACCACAGCACAUGCAAUGUCCAAGUACUUAUUGAUGUAGUGAAUACACGUGUGUUGGACAGAUGAGUACCAUGGAAGGAGUUAAAAGUACAAAAGGCCAGAGGCCACAAUGUACAAUUGAAGAUGAAGCCAACACAGGAACUUAGAGAUAGAGAGACACAACUUCUAGAAGGUCACAUCUGGUCAGAAUAUUAAGUUUAAUUUUAUACAGGAUUACUGAGUGUGUUAUCUUUCAUAGUAUCUCAAAGCUCCAUGAGCCUCUCUGAUGAGGGAAGAAAGAAAAGGGUGAUUGAGGGCAGGGACACAGCAGAGACUAAAGAGGGAGAAGCAGAAAUUACUGUGCAGUUAGUUACUGAAUACUUACCCUGGAAAGAAGUCUGCAGAUAUUGACUGCGGUUCUGGGCCUCAUUUGUAUUUAAGUGUUCAACAGCAUGUCCUAUGUCAAAAAUAUGAAUAUUUACAAUUUUUACCUCUCAGUUAUUUGCUCUACCCUAGAAGAUAUAUUUCCUUUUAUUUAGUUAAGUCCUCAAAGCAAGAAUUUUAUCUUCAGAGACAUAGUGUGAUGUAGUUUGGGGGAAUUUAUUUCUAAAUUCUGAUCUAACAAUUUACAUAUUGUAUUGCUUUCAACCAAUUUUGUACCCUUUCUGAACUUCAGCUUUAUCUAUGUUAGUACAAUGGUCAGACACACCUCAGAAGGCUGGUUGUGAGGACUAUUAGGUGUAAACAGUUAAGGAUUUUAACAUAGUGCCUGGUACAUAUAAGUUACAAAAUAAGCAUUAGAUUUUUCCUCCUAUUCUUUCCUCAGCCUUCUGUCAAUGCCUUCACUUUCUUGAGCAUCUAUGAGCUAUCUCAACUAUGCUGCCUCUUUCAAAAAUAUAUUUUAUAUGUUAUUUUUUAUUGAAAUUUAAAAGAAUAAUACAUUUUUGAGUUCUGGAUUAUUCAAGGAUGCAAGCUUAAAAAGCUAGGAGGAUUUUUGGUAGACCACCACAGAAAUACUGAAAAAACAGUAGAACGUAAUUUCAAUCUAAUAAACAUGUAUGUGAUCGCUAAUAUGGGACAAGUACUGAGGACAAACACAAAAGAAUGUCUAACUUCAAGAAAAUCUCAGUCCAAUGGAGGAUAUGAAGCUACAGCCCAAUGUGGUAGAUAUUGUUCAAAGGCUAGAGGAUCCAGUAAGUGCACAUAACCAGAUAUCAGGGGUCAAGGCACCCUUGCAGAAGAUGAGAUGCCUGAGCUACAUCUUGAAGGAGCCAAAGGAAUUAGCCAGGAAAAGGGAAGGAGGAGGAGCAAGUGAGUAACAGCAGAAGCAUAGCAAGGUCAAGAAACUGCAAAUACAGAUUAUCCCAAAAAGGAUGAGGGGAGAGGCACACACCAGGAGAGAAGGUAGAAAGGCGUAGGUAAGAGCAAGAUCCCUGAGAUGUUGUGAUUUCUACUAAGAUAGAUAAGGCAGAUAUUAAAGGAUUUAGCCAGAAGAGUGGCCAGGUGGAAUUCACAAUUGAGCUAUAUUACCAUGGCAGGAGGGUAGAUUAAAGCAUUGGUCACUGGCAAGAGAGAAACAUGUUAAGGGAAGUUGAUAUAAUUUUGGUGAAAAAAUGAUUAGGAAUAAUAAGAAGUAGCAGGGAAGUUGAAAUGAUUUUUAGAAGGCAGAUCAAAUGGGAAGGAAUAGACACAUGGGGGUUGGAGAUAUGAGGAAUAUUCCAGGUUUCCAAUUUUGCCAACUGGGUGGAAGAUGUGAUUCUGAAAACUAAGGAGGAUGAUAAAGUUUCAUCAGUUUUUGACACAUCUUUUCAAGGAUCCUUAGAACCUCCAGGUGGAGGGAUUUAAGCAUCAUCAGCAUUUUCCUGAGUCAUGUAAUUAUAUCCAUCAUCCUCUACAAGGGGUGCCUGAUUUCCUUCCUCUACUUCCCACUUUAGUCCCAUAGAAACUCUAGCUCCUUGAGUUAUUUGCAAUUCAUUUCUCAUCCUCCAUUUCCUCCGUCUUCUAAUUUUGUCUUACAAAGGUACUGCUUUUUAUUGCUUGCUGUGAUGGGGUUGUAUGGUCCACAGCAGUCCUUGGAGUGGGCAGUCAGGAAGUGACAGAAGACUGAAGUGGGAAGGAGAAAAUGGCACGGCUCUCCCACCACCCAGAUGGGAUGUGGCACUUCUCAUGUCUAACACUAAGGGCAAACCACUAUUCACUGUGUGAUGAGAGAAUAGCUGGGCUCUGUGAAUGUUUGUAUGUGUUUAUUACAAUCCACCUGCUUUUUUACAGUAAGGCAAAUCCUCUUUUUGUUCUUACCCUACAAUUUGAUGCUCAUUUCCUUGUGAACACUUUUUAGAGAAGUUCUUAAGUUUUCAAACCUCAUCCAGCUUUGUUCAAUUUUUUUCCCCCCAAUAAUCUCAGAGAAGCCAUCCUAAAACUAGGGAAGCCUGAAUCUUUGCAGGAAGCCAUGGCACCUUGUUGCCUCUCAAGGCAACUUUCCAGGUGGCCCUAUCAGCAUAUGUCAACACAGAGCCGUGGGAGUUUGAGCCCACGUGUAUGCACUGGUCUGAGACAAUGCAGCAGGAACUGCAAGUGGGAAGAACUAAAUGUUAAUCUUGAUUCUGCCAUAUACUAGUUGUGUGCCUGCAGAUUUAUAGUGUAACCUCUUACAGCCUCAGUUUACUCACAUGCAAAGUAGGGUUAGUAACUAUCCCAUGACACUGCUGUGAGGCAUAGAAUAGAAGGAGCAACACAAAAGCACCUGGCAAGCUCCUGGAAUAUAGAUGCUCGGCACAGAGAGGCAGCUGAUUAGUUUAUUCCUUUUUUAUCACCCUCUGCUCUGCCCCCCACCCCCAUUUUCCAAACCAGCCCACACCUACCACACAUGAUCAUCUAGAAGGCACAAUGUAAGGGAUGCCUCUACUCAAAUAUCAUAUUCUCCAGUUUGUUGUUGGAAUCACAUCAAAUGAAAACGUGUGAGGCUGUAUGUUUAUAUUCA